AGUCAUUUCACAGCAUCACAAUAAUACCAUAUUUAUCAUAAAUCACGGACUACGUUGCUAAUACGGUAGCAUAUCCACAACAACGUUGUGCCGUAUUGUUGGCAGGUGUGUCUGUGCUGGACGACACUGAGUGGACCCAGAAUCCCUUGAACGAGACCCAGGGCAGCCUGCUGUGGGACCAGGGUCAGCCAGAAGACCAGGACAAGGAGCUGGAGGAGAGCCUGAGCAGCCAAAACAGCACUCUCCUGCAGCUGUAUCCCAGCAUGCUCAGCAAGAUUGGCAAGGCCUGGCGCCGCCAGCAGGUGGCGGACGCGGCGGGCUCAGUCCUGAGGAGGUACCGCCAAAUGAGGUGGUCCUCCGGCAGGCGAAAGCUGAACAGCGCCGACGCCAACAGCACCCUGGGACCUGUUCGCAGGCACGUGAGGCCUGCCCUCAACCAAACCAUCACUUUCCCUCAGACUUUCCCUCCUAAGAAAAGGUCUCUGAACCCCAGCCGGUCCGUGUCUCCGUACCUCAAGAGGACUGACGCGAGCGUCCAUGCUCCCCAGCGCCUUUGGGAUAGCCACGCUGAGGGGAAGUCCCCGAGCAGAGGGAGGGAGUCGAAGAGAAGACAUCUCCCUAUCCUGGUGAUGGACUUCUCUGAGCCUUCAUCUUCACAUGAGUUCUCUGAACUAGACAAAACGUUCUCCAUAUCCGACUCCCCUCCCCCCUCUUCCUCCCCCUCCUCCUCCUCGCCCCCUAGACAGGAGCGUACUGUCGUGCUCAGCCCCAGGUCUGCCUAUCCCGAGGCAGGAAGUUCCGGGACACAACCGGCGAGGCCUGUUUCCAACAGGGAGGCCCCGCCCAAUCUCCCGUCGCAUAAGAGAUUAACCGCUGUACGCCCCGUGGUCAUCACGGCACCCUUGACCCCAGAGUGCUCCAGGACCCACUGCUCCCCCGCCAGAGAGAAUCCCUUCACACGGCACCAUCACGCGUCUCCCAACAGCCACGCCAGAAGCCCCCUGCCGGCCCCAGCGUCGCCACACCGCUCUCUCCAGAAGCCUGUCUCGUCGCUCGGGCGUCUCUACCCCCGGGACUCCCGCAGGCUCACCCAGUCCAAGCUCCCCACUUCCCAGUCGCCCCGGCCCCGGCCUGGGCCUGGCCAGCAACAGCUCCAGCCCCGCCUCUCCCUGGACUGGUCGGCCCCCUCCCUCGGCCAGAGGCUUUCCUCGAAGCAGCUCGACGAGGAGUUUAAGGAAGUCUACCGCAGGUUUAUUUGCCGGGCGGAAUCCCCGCUCCGGCACAACCCUCACUGCCGCUUCUGCGAGAGGAAGGUGGAGAGCGAGGGUCGGUCCUCCUCCAUACUGGCUGCCCUGGCCCUCUCUCCCUACCACCUGAAGAAGCGCCACAGGGAGCUGGACCAGGAGCGUUCUCCCCAGGCCAAACGUCCCAGGGACGGCUGCUUUGUGAACUCCCCAGGGUCUCUGCGCCAGAGGAAGGCCAUGUUGAGGAUCCAGCAUCGCACCAGUCGUUUUCUGUCGUCCACUCUCACAGAGCCCUCCUCUGUCUCGGACGCCUGGAGCCACAAGGAGCCUGCCUUGGGCCAGGCACGCACCGCACUGCACCCCUCGACUGAGAGACAAGUCAAGAGAGCCGGGGAGGCCAGGUUCAGCCUGCAGCUUCCUGCCUUGAAAGAACAGUACAACAGAUUUGUCAGACAAUAUCAAGGACAGUCACCAGAACCAUCCGAAUGGAGUGGCUGCCCCUCAAGGCUUUCGUCCAGUUUGUCAAGAAGAAGACUGCUCUAUAAAUAGUCUAGUUUCUAAUUGUCUCAGUGCUUUUGAUGUUCUCCUAGUCUUACUUACUAUUUUUGAAGUUCAUAUUUUACUUAUUGUAUUCUGUAAAUGAAAUGUGUCAAUAUGGGAAGGGUUGGGUUAAAGUGGGACUUUUAAAAGUCAUGUUUUUUAAUAUAUCAAUAAAAAAAC